AUGUCGCGACUCCUGAGGAAGGGAGUAAAGUGGACCUUGGGAGAACCCCAACAGCAGGCGUUUGAUUCGCUUAAGGCGCGACUAAGGUCCGCCCCUGUAUUGGCCUGCCCAUACUUCGAGUAUAAGUUCCAACUUCAGAGGGACGCCAGCGACAAAGGACUCGGCGCGGUCUUCACUCAGAAUAUUGAGGGCGACGAACGAGUAAUUGCCUACGUGAACCGUCGACUCGAGCGGGCGGAUGAAAAUUACUCGGCCACUGAAAAGGAGUGCCUCGCCAUUGUGUGGGCCACCCGAAAGUUACGUUGCUACCUUGAGGGUUACAAGUUCGACGUCAUCACGGAUCACCUGGCCCUGAAAUGGUUGAACUCCAUUAACAAUCCCACGGGACGUAUAGCACGGUGGGCACUGGAACUCCAGCAGUACCAGUUCGACGUACUCUACCGGAAGGGCAAAUACAACGUGAUCGCCGACGCCCUCUCCCGGCAACCGCUCGGAAGACUCCAGUUACUCGCAGAACUUAAGUGCCAUUGGAAAUGGGUACGAAAGAUGCAGGAACAGGUCCAAAAACGCCCCGAGAAAUAUCCAAUAUUCGUUGGACCCCUUCCCCGGACCCGGCGAGGAAACACCAUGCUCUUGGUUUUCAUCGAUGUAUUCUCCAAGUGGGUAGAGCUCAUCCCAUUGAAGAAAGCCACCUCCGCACAACUGGAGUUCGGAUUCCGAGAAAGGAUCCUCUCUCGCUUUGGAGCCCCCAGAAGGUUGAUUUGCGAUAAUGGCACGCAAUUCACCAGCCGAAGCUUCAGGGUGUUCUGCCGGAACAACGGCAUUCAACUGGAAUACACCACGCCGUACUCUCCCCAGCAAAAUCCGACGGAACGCGCCAACCGCACUAUCAAGACAAUGAUAGCACAGUAUGUGAAUCAGGAUCACCGGACAUGGGACCAGCUACUGCCCGAGAUCUCCCUCGCCAUCAACACUAGUACAAGGUCGGGAGCCUAG